AUAAAAUCUAAUUUACCAUAAUACAGAUAUCGCCAAUAGAAAAGGUCUGUGAUGUUGAAUCUUCACAGACCUGUCAGCAACUUAAGUUGACUGCCAUCUUCUCGACUAGUAUCCGUACUGUAAUGAUCUCACUGCAGAAGCUACUUCAAUACUGAUACACCGGAAAAAAAUGGCUUCAAUGUCGGUUUAUUCUCCGCGUUCCAAUCUCCACAACAGAGACGUCGUUUCACUUCCAAGUAGUAGUAGACAUUUAUGUACUAAUAUCAAAACUACCUUCUUUGGCUCUAAAUUGCCCGCGAAACCUAUUUCAAUUUCAUUGUCUCAUUACAAUGCCCCGAAACUCCGGCGCGAACCUCUUAUCACAGCUUCUACUCAUACUUUCGAUGUUGUCAUUGUUGGUGCUGGAAUUAUAGGGUUAGCUAUUGCCCGGCAGUUCCUAAUCGGGUCGAAUUUAUCCGUUGCUGUAGUCGAUAAAGCCGUCCCGUGCUCCGGUGCCACUGGUGCAGGGCAAGGCUACAUAUGGAUGGCACACAAGUCACCGGAGAGUGAUACAUGGGAGCUCACAAUGCGAAGCCACAAGUUGUGGAAAAUGCUUGCGGAUAGUAUCCAUGAUCAAGGUUUGAAUCCACUUGAGGUUCUGGGCUGGAAGAUGACUGGAAGUUUGUUAGUAGGCAGAACACCUGAAGAGUCAGAGGUGUUGAAAAAGAGGGUGCAACAGCUAUCUGAAGCUGGAUUAAGAGUGGAGUAUUUGUCUAGUCAUGAUUUGCAUUUGCAAGAACCUGCAAUACAGGUUGGGGAAAGUGGCGGGGCUGCCUUUCUUCCGGAUGAUUGUCAAUUGGAUGCUCAUCGUACUGUUGCAUUUAUUGAAAAGGCUAAUAGAUAUUUUGCGACAAAAGGGCGAUAUGCAGAGUUCUACCAUGAUCCAGUGAUAAGUUUAUUGAGAUCUUCUAGCAGUGGGGAGAUUGAAGCUGUUCAGACUUCCAAGAAUACCUUGUAUAGUAAGAAGGCUAUUGUAGUUGCAGCUGGUUGUUGGAGUGGGUCUUUGAUGCAUGACCUAUUUAGAGAGUAUGAUAUUGUGUUUAACAUCCCUGUUAAGCCUCGAAAGGGUCACUUGCUUGUGCUUGAGAGCUUUGGCUCUCUUACACUGAAUCAUGGCGUGAUGGAGGCGGGUUAUGUUGAUCAUCAAGGUGCAGGAGUGAAUUGCACCAGUGCAGUAUCAGGACUGUUUGAUCAUAAGAAAAACUUGUCUGUCUCAAUGACAGCCACCAUGGAUGUAAUGGGAAACCUUGUUCUUGGUAGCAGCCGUGAGUUUUCUGGGUUUAGCACUCAAGCAGAUGAAUCUAUUGUUGGUCAUAUAUGGAACCGGGCUGGAGAAUUCUUUCCCAAAUUAAAAGAGGUGUACCUUGGGGAUUUAACUGCAAGCAGAAAACUGAGAAUAGGAUUACGCCCUUACAUGCCAGAUGGGAAGCCGGUCAUUGGGUCUAUUCCUGAUUUUCCAAAUGUGCUCAUUGCAACUGGGCAUGAAGGUGGAGGACUUUCACUGGCUUUGGGUACUGCUGAAAUGGUUGCUGAUAUGGUGUUGGGCAACCCUGGCACUGUCAAUUAUGCUCCAUUUUCUGUUCAGGGGAGAUGUUGUUGAUACAACGUAUCAUAAGAGAAACAUGAAGGUUGACAAAUUGGCAGACUAAUUAUUGUUCAGGGCUGCUGGUUCUUAGGCUAGGCACACAUUUAGAUUCUUCUUGCUUAUUCCUUUUUUCAUCUUUCUUAUGUCAACCUUUCUCGGACAUCUCUGGAGGAUGAACUAAGAUGUUUCAGUUUAGAUUUUGAUUCUUCUUUUGCUGUCUAUUCUUUUACUAGAUAAGCAAGAGACCUAACAAGAUUAUCGUCUUUGUAAAAGACGGAGCAGUAGUCUGUGACCCAUGUCUUAAUGGCAUGCCAUAUAUCAAGUCCAUCUGCACCAUAGGGAUAAUCCUCGAAGAGGAGCUGAACCCCAGUGGGACUAUCUGGGUCUUCUAGUGCCAGUCGUCUGAAGAAAACAUUCAUGUUAAGGGAAUAGUAGAAGUAGAUGGUAGUGCAAGAGUUUCAUAUUUCACCAAUUUUAUUUCAUGAAAAUGUUUGUUUCUAUUUUGGUCUUGUCAGUAUAGUGAUUAAACAUUAUUUUAGUUUGCACUUCUUCUAUAAUCCAUGUCACAUUCUUGUGUAUUUCCAUUGCACAUAUGAUACUUAUGCAGGUGAUUGUGUACGUGCCAUGGAUGAAAAUAUUCCAUGAGUACUGCUUUCUAUUAGACAUAGAAUGCCAAUCAAUAGAUGAUAUGCUUUUAUGGGCUUUGUUCUGGAUUCAACUUAAAACUUUAGCUCUGUACAAUAGAGUAAUCAACAAAUUAAGUGAAUUCUUUUGGUAUGACUCCCUGAUUCUCUUGUUUAACCUUGUCUCAUAGACCAUCAAUUCCACAUUACAGAUAAUUUUGUAUGUGUGAAUGAUUCAAUCAAUGGGGUCAAUUUAAUUUUCUCUCCAUUGUGUUAAUAACAGAAGGAAAUAGAAUAAAUUUUAUUUAGAAUGAAAUACCUUUUGAGAAGAUCAGCAGGAAGAGCUUGUUCAUCAAAUCUCCACUCUUUAUAGAGUUCAGCAGACAAUUCCAUGGAUAUUUCACCAGUAAAUAAUGUCUUCUCAAGGAUUCCUCCAGAAUUAAUAAGGAUUUUCCUAGCCAAUGCAUUUACAUGCAUGGUGUCUUUAAAAUGAGGAUCUAAUAGCCGGUGAAUUGGGUGCAUAACACUCAAUUGCCUUCUAGUUGCAAUGAUGAAUGGCUCAACAACUGCAUGAGUGUGCAACCUUCAAAAUGCAAACAACACAAGGAAGAAAAUAUUGAUAAUCUAACAAAUAAGCAUGUGCUUUUUUUGUUUGUUCAAUUAUUGGUGAUAGCAUACAUGAUAUUUGGUAUAGCUUGGAUUCUCAGUUUAAUAAUUGUUUUAUGGCAAGUAAGUAGCUGAAACUCCUGCAUCAAUACAGUGGGUAAAAGUCCAGAAAUAAUGGAAAACAUUUUAGCACCAAUAUUAACGGAAGCAUUUUAACUCACCAAUGGCUGAUUAGUUGAUGGUAUGCUGAGUCGUUGGCUGCAACAUGAGCUUUAGCAAGUUGCCAAAGUGCUGCUUCAGUACCUUCACUUGCUGGUCGGAACACCCUGCUGAUCUCUUUGUCCUUAAGAGGCCCAGGCAAGCUCAGUUCUAUUGCUACUGGUUUUAGGGUGGCAUCGUUUCGUAAGAAAAACAGUGUUCUUGAUGCAUAAGCACAAACACCUUUUGUGUUUAUUUUGUCUAAGAAGGGCAUGAGAUAGUCAUGGUGGUCCAAGAUGAAUAUCCUCCAUUGAUACAUUGCCUGUGAUGUAUGUUUGGAAGUCCAAAAUAGAAGCAAGUAGGAAUAAAAUAUCUCAUUGUGAAAUUUGCAUUUGAAAUAUGGAAUAGAAAAUCAAUUAUUAUUAGGGUGACUUAAGCUGUUGCAUCUGUCGUUUCUUCCUUUUCUUCAAGUUUAUUUGUUUCCUUAUUCCUAUUAAAUAUUUUUUCUUAUCUCAAGUCCAAACAAAGUUAGAAACAAAGAGAUCCAAGUUGAAGCAUGAAUAUUGAAUUUACACGUUGAAGUCAUGAACCUUUUACUGUCAAAAUUUCAGAUUCUCUCAUCGUGUUAGAGAUUUCUUAUUGAGAUAAGUCCAAAUCAUUAGUAAACCUGAGCCAUUGUGGUAAUUCAUUUCUAGUUUGAUAGAAGAAACUUUGGCUCAUCCAUAUAUUUAGUGAGUUGGAUGUAAAUAGUCCACAAAAUCCAAUAACGAAGUAUUCCUAGUAAGUUCCUAGUUGAAUUUUAAUUUGCUAGUUCAAAAUUUAUGUGGGAUUUACUCUUAAGCAGAUUCCACAAAUUAUGAAUUUAAUUAUUCAUGCACUUUCAGGCUUACACUUUGAAUCAAUGGUCAUGGUUUGUAUUUGUUAGAAUAUGACAAUGAUUUACAAUGUGAUUUUAAGUAUAGGAAAUUGGUGUCUAAUCAGCCACAGUUGUUAGUCUUGAUGUCUAGCUCGUAUUAGAUAUAUUUAAUUUUCCUUGUGAAAAUUCCUGUGUUGGACUCAAUUUAUAUAAAAAUGCCAAAGACCUAUGAAGCGCCGACCCUCCUAGGGGGUUGCCGUAUGGUGUCGGACACUCCAAGGACACCUAGACUUGGGGACAUGCCAAAAAACGUGUCCUUAGUUUUUUUAUAUUUCAGGUGGGGACACGGAAAAUAUUAAACUUUGCAAAAUUAUGGGGCAAAUUUGAAAAACGCAAGGUAAAAAUAACUUUUAAUCUAGUAAGUCAAUUUGGAAAAAUAUAAAACAUAAACACAUAAAAAGCAUAAAACAUAAAUCCCCAGCCACACAAUCCUAGUCGUUCUUUACUUCUCCUUCGCCUUUGAUGGACCAGAAUUUGAGUCAUUGUUGUUUGUAGAUGAAGUGGGAGAAAAUGAAGAGUUGGAAAAUGUUCUAGACUAGUAGUUUAAUUUGAAUGUUAUUUAAAUGAGUUUGCAUUACAAUAAUUAUCAUCUUCUAUAUAUAUAUAUAUAUAGAUUAAAUUCGUCGUGUCCCCACCAUAUAUGUAUCUCACUAUUUUAAAAGAUGUUGUGUCCCUGUCCCGUACCCGUGUCCGUGUCCAUAUCCGUAUCCCUGUCCAUGCUUCAUAGCCAAAGACUAGUUUUCCUAACCAAUUUGAAAUCUGAAAUGCUGAUGCUAUAGCGAAUACAAAGUUUCUAAUAUUUGUUGUGUGUAUCUUUGUAUGCAUGAUUUGUUAUCCAUUGGAUGUAGAUUGACAUACUAACCCUAAGAUAUUAUCCUUAAAGAGUUGCAGUUGAGAUGUGAAUAUUUUUCAUCUACCUUUAAUAGAAAUGAUUAUAUACCAAAAAUUAUUGAUUAAUAGGCUCAACUAGUGCUUGGCUGAUAAAUAACUCACUUCUUGGUCUUCGACCCCCUCAGUCACUACGAACGCCCCCGAUCAGUGCAAUGGGAUGCCUCUUUUUAUCUAUCUCUUAACUCGAAAUAGGAGCAAUCCCAAUUGUUUCGAACUUAUUUUUUUUGGAAUGGAAUAUUUACAGAAUCCCCUAAAUAGGAUGAUCAAACCUUAUUUCAUGGCAUUUACCUCUUUCUUAUUCUUAAGCAAGUCCCCGAGGGCUUAAUUGAUCCAUGAUUUAUGUUUCAUCUUUCGCUUCCUUUUCCUUUAUUUCGAGAAAUAUAGCGAUCAAUUCUGAUUCUUUUACAAUUUGUAAAUAAAAUUCAAAAGCCCUCUGUAGUGUCUACAUAGUCACAUAAAAUUCUAUGUUAUGAAACACGGUUGUCCUUUUCUUUUAAUAAGAUUUUCCAGUCAACUUAUCAGUAUUUGUGCAAUAAAAUAAUAUUGCAAGUGCAUUUUCCCUGCUUGGUCAUAGUUAUUUUUUUUUAACCCCUCUGCUAUCAAAUGGAUUAAAAAUCCAAGAUUUGGUAAAUGACUUAAAAGUUGCUUCUUAGUUUUUAAGCUAGAUCUUGUCUCUAUAUUAUUAACUUUCAAUUUCUUGCUUACUGUUUUAAGUCCUACUUUCUCUACAACUUUUGGACUCUAAACUCUGGCUCUGUGAUUCUAAUUUAUCAUUAAGAUCACAAGCGAUGAGAUGCUUUUGCUUUGCAUUGUUGAUUUCUCAGAGAGGGAGGGUGAGAGAGAGAGAGGAGGAAGAAGGGAAGAAGGAAAAAGGAAAGAGGGAGGGGGUUUGUGUGUGGUAGUGGGCAAAGAGUUGAAGUUAUUUGGGUACCUGAAAAAUAUUCAAACCAUCCAAGUUUGGCUCUAUGUCUGACACCUUUAUUGUACUCUGACCAUGUUUGCCUUCUGGUGGGAAUCGCUGCAAGGUAUAGUCAGAUUAGAAUGAACAGUGCAUAAUAUUGAUUUAACAUGACCCGUUAAUUGUAACGUAUAGUUAACUUUAUCAGGUGGUGUUAAAUUGUACUAAGAAUUCUUAAUUGUAAUUUGACAUUUUAACAAGAUGAUGUAAAACAGCAGAGAUCACUGAAAAGAAUUAAAAAAAAAAAAACUGUUUUAUCAAUGUGCUAGACAUAUAUGUCUCUUAUGUGUUUGUGUGGGUGGCACAUAAAGAUUUGUAUAUGAGCUCUUUUGUCCAUUAUUCCUUGUAGUAAGGCGUGCCUUAUGGACAAAUAUACAGAGGCAUUAUCCAUGAUUUCCUUUUCCUGCUAGGGAAAUGGGAGAAUUGAAUAAAUGGUGCUGGUUUGGCUUGUCAUAUCAAUUUCAAAUUUCUAAUGAAAGUAAAUGAAUAUUGGGAAAACCUGCAAACAUCGAAUUCUUGUGGGGUUAAUUCCUGCAAGCAUUUGAUGUCCAAACUCCUCGUCGUCCCUCCAGGCUAAUUGAUUCUCUGGAGAAUAAUUUCAAAUAUAUUUAUGAUUGCUUAAGCAGAUAAACAAAAUAUCUAUUAUUCAGACUUCAUAAAUUUUAGCAGGUCAUCACCUGCUAUAAUUUGGGGCAACGGGAAAUUUUUUGAGUCUUCUUUACUGGCAUGGAUAAUUUCUUCGAAAAUUCCAGCUGGUACCAAUUUCUUCAAUUUCUCUGUGACCUUUCCCCUGAUUACUUGAUUUCUCUUGCUAGUGAAUAUGUCACGUAUCUCAUCAAAUGACUUAAAAGUGUUUGAAUCUUGUUUGAAUAAGGAUUUUGCCUCAGGGAUAAGAAAAUGUGCACUAGCCUGUACUGAAUUAGAUAUGAACUCUGCUAGUUUUUUGGGGCUAAGUCGUUCAUCUGGAGGAACAUAUACAUCAAAGUUGAAUGCUUCUGGUGGGCACCCCCUUGAAGGAUCUAUACUCGAGUGAUAGCAAAUAAAAAUGUAAAAAUCUUAUAAUGAGUAGCAGCAAAAAGAAAACGGGUGUAAAAUAUUUUCACCUUCCCAGAGAUCUGAAAGAUGCAGUUGGACAUCAGUGCUGCUGGGAGAGUGACCUGUUCUUCCCCUGCGAGGAUAUGGAUGUUUUUCUGAACCACCCAAGAUUGGCCUAGUGUGUUUUGGACCUUUAUCUGGCCGACCAAGAUCAUUGUAAUAAUCAUAAUCAUAAAUUCGAUCCCAUUCAUUCCUCUCUCCAGUUCCAUCUCCUCUCAAGCUUAUAAGUUCUGACUUCCUUAACUCCUCCAAAGGACUAGGUGUUUGGUUUGGCAGAUAACUCUAUGAAUGCAACAAAAGCUGCAGGAAAAUUACCCCACUGACAAAAUAUUGAGUCGUGCAGGCGGAGCUGUGUGAUAACCUGCAAGGCUGUUACCCGACGUACUUCUGGUUUUAUUCUCUUCUUUUCUUGCUUCUGGACUAAAUCCAGUUGGGACUUUCUUCAUUGUAUUUAACUGAACUUGUUGAUGCCCAGUUUUUGUGCUCUAACAAGGAUUUGUGGGAAAAUGGAAACAUGUCAAGGCCUUUUUAUCAGGAAUACUUGCUGCAAAAUACCAUUGUUUUGGUUGGUUGAGUUCGGCCAGAUUCUUCUCGAGCAUUGCAUUUGAUCCUAUUUGCUUGUAGGUCCAUUCAAGAUGUAUGUGUCCUGCAUUUACUUCAGAUAAGCUUGUGAUGGCUCAUAGCUCUGGCCUCCGAGUGCAUAUUAUGUCUUGUAAUAUCAUUUGAUUAUACAAUUGGUAUGCAUUUGAUUCCGAACCCUGAAGGUGGUGUAUGUUGGAGAAAAAAAAAUCAAUUUUGUUACUUCUGCUUUAUCAUUGAUUAAGAAACAAUUACCAUAAGAAACCAAGGAGAUGUUAAGGCCACA